AUGAAGAAAAAGAUAGCCAUUGGCUUCGAGGGCUCAGCUAACAAGAUUGGUGUUGGCAUUGUGACGCUAGACGGAACAAUCUUAGCGAAUCCUCGGCAUACUUAUAUAACACCGCCUGGUCAUGGUUUUCUUCCUAGAGAGACUGCUCAUCACCACCUCGACCAUGUUCUUCCUCUAGUCAAAUCAGCUCUCGAAACUUCCCAGAUAACUCCUGAAGACAUCGACUGCAUCUGUUACACGAAAGGUCCCGGGAUGGGAGCGCCGUUGCAGGUCUCAGCCAUUGUCGUUAGAGUGUUGUCGCAGCUCUGGAAGAAGCCGAUCGUCGCUGUGAAUCACUGUGUGGCUCACAUUGAGAUGGGGAGAGUGGUGACCGGAGCUGAUGAUCCUGUUGUUCUGUAUGUGAGUGGCGGGAACACUCAGGUGAUUGCUUAUAGUGAAGGCAGGUAUCGGAUAUUCGGUGAGACCAUUGAUAUCGCUGUUGGUAAUUGCUUGGACCGGUUCGCUAGAGUCUUGAAGCUCUCUAAUGAUCCAAGCCCUGGUUAUAACAUUGAGCAGCUUGCUAAGAAAGGAGGAAACUUUAUCGAUCUUCCGUAUGCUGUUAAAGGUAUGGAUGUUUCGUUUAGUGGAAUCUUGAGUUAUAUCGAAACUACUGCGGAGGAGAAGCUCAAGAACAACGAGUGCACACCAGCAGACUUGUGCUAUUCUCUUCAAGAGACGGUGUUUGCGAUGUUGGUAGAGAUCACGGAAAGAGCGAUGGCGCAUUGUGACAAGAAGGACGUUUUGAUAGUUGGAGGUGUCGGGUGUAACGAGCGUUUGCAGGAGAUGAUGAGGACGAUGUGCUCUGAGCGUGAUGGUAAGCUGUUUGCUACGGAUGACCGUUACUGCAUUGAUAACGGAGCGAUGAUCGCUUACACGGGUCUGCUCGCGUUUGUUAACGGUAUUGAAACGCCGAUUCAAGACUCUACCUUUACGCAGAGGUUUCGUACAGACGAGGUUCAUGCGGUGUGGCGAGAGAAGGAAGAGCUGGGGCUUGAUAAGAACGUUGCUACUAAUUGA